ACGACAGCCGGCAUUUUCUGUGGGGCAAGAAGAGGAGUAGCAGAAGCGUAGAGAUUUACCUUAAAUCUCUUUCCUCCUUUAAUAAUAUAUUUAAUCGGGUUUCCGAGAUCCCGAAAACAAACACACAAUGGUUGUGGUGGCAGCAGGGCCCGGAGGAGCCCAUAAAGUGCUUCUCAUUUCUUCUUCUUCACACUCCAGUGACUCUAAUGCCGCUGCUCCUCCUUUACGGAAAAGGCAAAGACUCACACAUCUGAGUCCUGAGGAAAAAGCACUUCGGAGGAAACUGAAGAACAGAGUUGCAGCACAGACGGCACGAGACAGAAAAAAGGCCAAAAUGGGAGAACUGGAGCAGCAAGUCCUGGAACUGGAGCAUGAAAAUCAGAAACUUCACCUGGAGAACGAGAUGCUGAGAGAAAGGACGAGCGAUCUGAUGAGCGAGAACGAGGAGCUGAGACAGAGGCUGGGGUUGGACACUCUGGUCAGGAAAGAGAAGGUGCAGGUGUUGGAGUCCGGCGUGAGCGAUUUGGUUUUGCUGAACGGGUCUUCUGAGAGCAGCACUCAGGCUACGUGUGCCUCCGCAGCAGGUGCAGGCCCAGCAGUCAUCAAAGCCGAAGAGUUCACCCUGGAUCCUCACACUCCUGACGCUGCAGACUCUGAGUCUGAUCUCUUGCUUGGCAUUCUGGACAUCAUUGAACCAGAGCUGUUCCUCAAAGAAGUUCAGGAGCCGAACCUGGCUCAGCAGCUCCUGCUGGUCGGCUCGGCCACCGGUUCGCUACCUGCCCCCUCCCCUGGAGCUGUGGGGACCGCACCAGUUAAGCUGGAGGCCCUUAAUGAACUGAUCCAGUUCGACCACAUUUACACCAAACCGGUGGCGAUGGAGGAGGAGGAAGAAAAGGAGGGCGCCUACGAAGUGAGCAUCGCAGACGAGCAGGACACCGUCGUCUUCUCGCCGUCCUCCGAAGACGAGGAAGUGGAGGUGGAAGUCGAAACGGUGUCCGUCAAGGACGAACCGGAGGAAGUGGUCAUCCCCGUGACGGACAGCGACUCGAUCGGGGUCGACGACUUCCUGUCCGAGGCGUCCCCUUCUUUCGGAGGCUACGACAAGGCGGCGUACCUGAUCUCCGAUACGUACAGUGACUCUGGAUACGAAAGGUCACCUUCCCCUUUCAGCAACAUGUCGUCCCCGCUUUGCUCCGACAGCGCCUGGGAAGACAUGUUUGCUAACGAACUCUUCCCACAACUCAUUAGCGUCUAAUAAAUAAAUAAAUAAAUAAAACCAAUCUGUUGGUUGGUUUAAAUGUAAUCCUAGCGUACUAAGCGAUUACUAUACGCUUCGUUAAUGUACAGUCAGCACAAAAAUUCUUUCUUUUUAAAAAAACAAACGAAAAAUGAAACCCUAUUUAAUAUGGAAAAUAACUGCCGUUUGUUCUCUGCUGGGACAUGGACACUGGAGCGCCAAAAGUAGCAAUUGGAUGAAUCUGAGAUUCAUGUUCAGUAUUUUUUGUCUGGGAGAAGGGAAGUUCUCUGUGGGGAAGGUUUUUUUUUUUUUUUUUUUUUUUUUUUUUUUUUUAAAAGAAAGAUGUAUUUAUUUGUACCUUGUUCCAGAGUCCUGUAAUCGUAAUGUCUGCUUUAAUAUCGUAUAAUGUAAUCUUUAUUAGCGCCCUCCUCAUGGAAUCAUGUAUUGCAUUAAAAAAAAAAUUAUGCAUCGCA